AUGAGGAAUCAGAUUCGUAGGAGGGGUACAAGGAGGAAUCCGAUUCGUCGGAGGGAUACAGUGAGUGAAAUUCCAGACGAGUUGCUGUUGACGAUACUGUCUUUUCUUCCUAGUAAAGAUGUUGUAGCCACGAGUGCCAUUUCAAAACGGUGGAAGUCUCUUUGGAAGGAGGUAACGACAUUCAGAUAUGAUGAUCCAUAUCCUCUCCCUUUUAACAUGUUUGCGCUAUUCAUUAGAAGCAGAUCAAGUGUAGACAUCUUGCAGCUCAAGUUGAGCCCAGGUUUUUCGAGAACAGAUAUCAACCCUUUGGUUAAUGAUGCAGUGGCUCGCUCUUUGAGAGAACUGAGGAUAGAGAUGCUUUACAUAUCCUUUGAGUUGCCCCAAUGCUUGUAUUUCUAUCAACAACUUGAAACCCUCAUACUCCAGAAACUUAGUCUUGUGGAUAUUCCAUCUAACGUUUCUUUGAUUGGUGUCAAGAAACUCCAUAUUUUAUCGGUUAGAUUCUUAAGCGACGAAUCAGUGAUUAAGCUUCUAAGCAUAUGCCCACUUCUUGAAGACUUGGUAGUGAGAAGAAGCCUAUAUACCAAUGUGAUGAUAUUUACUAUUGAUGUUCCUACACUGAAGAAUUUAUAUAUCUACAAUUCGUGGAAGUCAAGGCCUGAAGGUGUUCAUGGGUUUGUGGUUAAUGCACCUUCUUUGAGGUGCUUCUAUAUUAAGGACAGCUUCAGCAACUAUUUACGGUUUGGUAAUAUGACGGAGCUGGUCAAGUCUCCAUAUCUUCCUCUUGCUACUUCGUUCCUCUUUCUUGACCACCUAGAGCUAUACUCAUGUCCUUCCCAGUGGUGUAAUUUACUCAAAGACGCUCCAAUACUCCGAGUUCUCAAGUUGUAUCAGAAACACUCUCAGCCCAACGACGUGACUGAUUCAUGGAACCAACCAAUUUCUGUUCCUGAAUGUUUAAUGUCCCAUCUGGAGAUCUUCGAGUGGAGACACUACAAUGGCACCGACCAAGAGAGAGAAGCUGCAAAGUACAUCCUAGGAAAUGCGAGUUGUCUAAAGAAGGCGUCAUUUUACUCAAAAUCUGCAAGGAAACAUGAUAUUCUGAAGGAGUUGGAGUCUGUGGAAAGAGGCUCAAAGACUUGCAUGCUUGUCUUUGAGUGA